AUGUCAGCCGCGGGCCCAUCUUGUCCGGACGGCCCUUUCGCCGGACCUCCAUUGUCACCUGCAUCGGAUUUUCAAAACGUGGAUCAAGCGCUGCAGGAGUUGGAGGAGUUGAAGAUCACAGACGAAUCACGUCCGAAACGGGUGUCCAGUGAACAAUUUCAUCGCCUGAUUGAGACACGAAUCAUACAAGCUGCUGCCGAUCCCCCUCCCGCUCUUGAGUCAACGCCACAAUUGGCCGAAUCGCCAGCUCCUGAGGCUCCCUCCAACGGCAGACGCAAAGAUGUAUUCCUCGGGGAAUCAAGCACGAGCGUUGAGCUGGGUAGCAAAGCGUCUCUGAGGGAGAGAGUCUACGCCCAGGCCGAUUAUGGCUCCACGUUGGCCCCCAUGCUUGACCCUCUACUGGGGGAUGUGGCCAUGAGCAUCGUUCGCAGUUACCUGAAUACCCAACGACUGGAGAUGCAAGGAGAGCUAUGCGAAGUCAUGGUCAGGGAUAUUAUGACGGAGAUAGUGGCGUACGAGAGCUCCGUUGCAGCAGAUCACGGUGUCUUCGCCGACGGCCUCACGACGGAAGGCAAAACGGUGCGCGCGGCAAUGGAAAUUCUGGUUGAGAAGGGCGACCUUGUGGAUGACGUGAACCGUACUCACUUCAGGGGCCUGAUGCGGGAACUGCACCUGUUUUGCGCGGCGCGCGGGAUCGAGUAUCGAAGCAGGUAG